AUGGCGUUGGAAGCCCAGGGACCUCCGCUGGAGACGGAGAUGUGGCCUCUGCUGCUGCUGCUGCUGCUGCCCCUGCUAAGGGAAGAAUCCGCAUGGAGGCUGGGCUGGGUUGACCUUCUUUUCUCCUGGUCCCUGGCUCAUGGUGGGACAUUGAAGCUGCGGGUGCCUGAGACAGUGACGGUGCCAGAGGGCCUGUGCAUCCUUGUGUCCUGUUCCUUUUACUACGACAGGAGGGCCAACUCUUACUACCCCCUGCCCUAUGGCUACUGGUUUCGGGAAGGGGCUGAUACAAUCUGGGACACUCCAGUGGCCACCAACGACCAGACUCGAGCAGUGCAAAAGGACACCCAGGGCCGAUUCCACCUCCUUGGGGACCCGGAGAACUACAAUUGCUCCCUGAACAUCAGCGACGCACGGAGGGAAGACAGUGGUUCAUACAUUUUUCAUGUGGAGAGAGGAAGUGCCAAGUGGACUUCCACUAAUAAGUUCGUUCUGCAUGUGAUGGGUAAGGCGUGGGCCCCAGGGGUGGCCACAGGGGGAAAGCCACAGGGUGUAGGGCUUGGCUGGACCGGGCUAGGACCCCGUCCUGGGAGGGGUGGAGGUAAAGCUUGCCUGGCUCAGAGGAGGAGCCGAACCAGAGCCUGAGCUGCCCUCAGGGCCUACCGGCUCCUUCAGGGUUAGAGCAGGGGCUUCAGCUGGAGCAGAGCUGGGUGAGGGUGUGCACUUGGGUGUGUCCAAGGUCAGGCUCACAGGGUUUCUGAAGGACUUGCCCAGUGAGGGAGAUGGAGGAGCAAGGAUGAAGGAGCAACAUUCCCAGGAGCCGCUAGAAGGACGGAGUGUGUUUCGUGGAGUACAGUGUGGAGGGAGGAUGCCCCUUCCAGGAAGCCGCUUGACAUCAGAGGGCGAUGUCAGGGAGACAGCUGAAUACAAACGUCUAGCGAUCAGGAGAUGGUCCAGGGUGCAGACGUUACAACAGAGCUGGUGUGCAGUUAGGACACAGGAUGAGGGAAGAAAUGGGUGAUUGUUGAUGAAGAAAGGGCACAAGGAAACACUUUUGUCAUUGGUGACCUUGACAACAGCAGCUCCGUUUUUGUUUGUUGGCUUUGUCAACCAGAAAAUAACCAACUCUGUAAAUAAUAAUAAUAAUAGUGUGGUUUAUUUCUAAGCAGAAUAUGAGUGGCCUAUGCCCAGAGAGAAGGCAAAACACCUUUCUCUCAGGGUAAGCAGGUACAGGGGUUUCUUUGAUUUCGAGAGCGAGAGACAGAGUUUGGAAUUUAGGGAAAGUGCUUCCAUUGGUCUGGCUCCAAAA